AUGAGUGUACAGUCCGAGGUACAGACGGAGAACUCCAAGCAGCAGCUGAAGGCUGUGCAGUGCCAGAGAAAUGAUCCCGAUAAAGUACUAGAGCCACUGGAAAAAUUAUGCAUUUCACUUGUGAUGGGGGUUGAACCAUAUCUUCGAAGUUUUGAUGCCGCGACGGCGAUACCAAUUUUGCUUUGCAUGACAGAAAAGGAGUUUUUUAGCUUUUGCGGGGACACCAUGACGAUGCUCCUCCGUGCACUUGCACUCAUUAUGGAGUAUGUUCCAAGUGCCUAUGAGAGCGUGCAUCUGUACCACAAGCGGUUGAUGAAGUCCGUCUGCCAAGUCCUUUCCCGGACUCUUUUGGCAAAAAUGAAGUACAACAACACAGAUAAUGUGAUGCUUUUGGAGGAGUCUCUUCGGCUUAUUCAAUUUAUCACCAAGGAUGAGGGCAACAUUUCCGUUCUGCGCUUUGGUGUGACGGACGUUAUACGGAUAGCCGCCUCUGAGAACACAUUGCUGGCGCGUCAGGCCUUUGAUGUGCUCGUCACCAUCUGUUCCAAAAUUAUCUUGCCGUCGGAUGUGGAAAAGUUAAAUAUCAUUGGGCUGUCAUCAUUUCUCAUUUGUGGGCAGAAGAAGAAAAGUAAGAAGGGUUGUCUGGAGUCGUUGGAUUCUCACGGAAAGAUAAGGGUGU